GUCACAGUCUCCUGUGCAGUCUACAAAAGAAAAACCUGAGUCCCGAGUAACUUCCCAUCCACGACUUGCAGGCUCCACCCUUGAGCUCCCAGUCGCUCCGCCUACCGGCGCCUCCUGCUACGCUGAAGUUAGCCCUUUGGGACUUCAGGAUGGGCACCUUGGGGACCCUCAGGACAGCUAAGGGGAGGGUACAGGGCCCCACAGGUGCGGGUCCUUGCUCAUUGGCUUGCACUACUCAGGGAGUCCAGUAGGCCACGGAACUCCACGCGUCCCUUCCUUCGGUACCAGCGCACAGGUCGGAACUCUGUGCUGAGACUCCUGUUUCUGCCUGGCGGGACCGGAGCACUGCUCAGGGUGCACAGUGACCAAGGUUACUGACUCCAGUCGCUAUGGCAACGUGGCCCGCGCUAAAGGCGCGGGCGGGAGGCUGCUGGCCCGCAGAAUCCUAGAGACCCCGGUUCUGGCUGGCGCCGCUCUAGGUCGCACGUGGGAGACGAAGCUAAUUCUGCUGGGUCCUGCCGGGUGGCACACGCGUUGUCACUAUGCUGCCACCGUGCUCAGAGCAGGAACUGAGCGAGCUUUUGGCUCGGAAGGAGGAGGAAUGGCGAGCCCUCCAGGCCCACCGUGCACAGCUGCAGGAGGCAGCGCUACAGGCUACUCAGAACCGCCUGGAGGAGGUGCAAGGGAGGCUGCAGCGCCUACAGGAGGACUUCGUUUACAACCUUCAGGUGCUGGAAGAGCGCGACCAGGAGCUGGAACGCUACAACGUUGAGUUCACCCAGGCCCGCAGGCGGGAGGAGGCCCAACAAGCAGAGGCCAGCGAGCUCAAGAUAGAGGUGGCCAAGCUGAGACAGGAGCUCACCAGAGAGGCCAGGCGCUUGGAAGAGCUGCAGCGUCAGCAUCAGCUUACGCUGCAGGAGCACCGCUUGGAGCUGGAGCGUGUCCACAGUGACAAGAGCAGCGAGCUGGACCACCAGCGGGAGCAGUAUGAGAACCUGAAGUGGAAACUGGAGCGAAAACUGAAGGAACUCGAUGGUGAACUUGCUCUGCAGAGACAGGAGCUGCUGCUGGAGUUUGAAUCUGAAAUGCAGAGAAGAGAGCAUGAGUUCCAGCUGCGGGCUGAUGACAUGAGCCAUGCAGUCUUGACCCAUGAGCUCAAGAUAAAACUACUAAACAAAGAGCUGCAAGCUCUGAGAGACGCUGGAGCGCAGGCUGCGGAGAGUCUGCAGAAGGCAGAGACAGAGCACAUCGACCUGGAGAGGAAGCUACAGGGCCAUGCCCGGGAACUCCAGGGUCUGGAGGCCAUGAAGGAUGCUCAGAUAAAGGACUUGGAGAGGAAGCUUCACUCCCUACACCUGGCCAAGAAGAAAGCUGAGGAGACUUUCAGGAGGAAACAUGAAGAGCUUGACCGGCAAGCCCGGGAGAAAGACUCGGUACUGGCGGCGGUGAAGGGCGCCCAUGCGGAGCAGCUGCAGGUGCUGGACGCCAAGGUGCUGGAGCUUCAGUUCCGAUGUGAGGCCUUGGAGGGACAACUGCACAGGGCUGAGUGGCAGCGAGCUGAGGAUGCCAAGGAGAAGGAUGCCCUCACUGACAAAUUUCGGGAAGACGCGGCAGCUCUGAAAGCAGCCUGGGAUGCCCAGAUCGCGCAGAUGUCCAAGGAGGCUGUCUCCAAAGACCUCCAGGUGCAGACGCUACAGGGAGAGGAGAUGAAGCUCAAGGCCCAGGUGGCCAGGUUCCAACAGGACGUAGACAGGUACAAGCAGCAGCUGUCCCUGGCCGUGGAAAGGGAACAGAGCCUGGAGCGCAAGCAGGUACAGCUAGGCCUCGACUGGCAGCGCCGCUGCGAUGAUGUUGAACGAGACCAGAUCCAGAGAUCAGAGACUUUGAUCCAAGGCCUGACCAAGGCCAGAGAGCAGGUUGCUGCUAAACUCCAGGAGACAGAGAAGGCCCUGAAUAAGCAGGAGAUGCUGCUGAAGGCUGUGUCGCUGGAGCGAGACCAGGCUGUGGAAACUCUACGGACACAUGGGCUCCUCCCUGGACAGGAGGCACAGGUACCUCCUCAGCAGCAUGAAGGAGAAAUAAGGGCAGAUUCUCCAUCUGCUGAGAUCCAGAGGCUCCAGGAACAGAAUGCAGGUCUGCGGAACGCUGUGUCACAGAUGAGGAGGGAGAUGGAAAUGCUGAGUGCUCACCUUCCCUCCGCCCAGCCAGAGGAGUGUUCAAAAGCAAAGCCUGACCCCACGGCUGGAGGAGACACAGCCCCUCCAGAUUAUGUUCUGGCCCUUGAAGCAGAAAUGCAAAACCUAAAUCAUAAACUUAAAGCAUUGGAAGAACAGCUACAACGCACAGAAGAGCCCAUGAAGACGUCCGUGGCCACUGUUGAUCCACACCAUGGUGCCCACAGCUCUGCAGAAGCAGCUGACCCAACGCUGGCAGACCAGACAUCCAUUGCAUUAGCACUCAGAAAGCUUGGAGACAGAGUGCAUCUCUUGAACUUGUUGGUGACACAGCUCAGAAAGAAGCUGCGGCAGAGAACCCCGGAGCUGGUCGCCGUCCAGCGUGAGAUCCCCAGUGAGGUGGACCAGGUGCACCUGGAGGUUUUAGAGCUGCAGAAGCAGGUGGCUGAGCUAAGGAAGCAUCUCAAGAUGGCACAGCCCCAAGGAGAGCCUUCCUCCAGGAAGCAGGUACACAGAGAGGGUGUGGCUGACUGGUACCCCAUGGAAGGCCAGAUGGAGUCCCCUACUUUCCCCCAGGAAGGGACACAGCCUCCACAGACCAUAUCUGUGUCUCAUCUGCAAAGGAAACUAAAGGACGCAGCUAAGAAAAUACUCAGCCUCCGCCUAGAGAGGGAGCAGCUCCUAGAGAUGGGAAAUAGACUCCGAGCUGGGCAGGACCACGCAAAAGGGAAACUGACUCCGUGCCCAGGUCCUCCUACCUCUGAGCCCCAGGACCCCCAGGAGGUGCCCGAGAGACCUUUGGAUCGUGGCCCACCUUUGGGACAAUUGCAGCCCCACUCAACAACUCAGGACUCCAGGCACACCAAGAGAAAAUGUGUUUCUGAAUAUGCAGGGAAGAAUCAGCUCCACUCAGCACAAGCAGUCAGCAAAAACAACACCCCACAAGGCCACAAGGCAGUAAUGGCGUCAAGGCCUGCUCAGAAGCAGCAUAGAAUCCCCACAGAGACUUGGAAGUCAGUUUAUCAGAAAGAAAACAGGACCCCAAAGCUGCCACAGGCUCGAGACAUCCCUGAAGAAAGCGACCACCAGAGCCACAGAUCUUCCUCCUUGGCCAGCAGCUUCCUCCAGGAUACCUGGAGGCUGCUAGACCUGGGGUCCAGCCUUUCAGGCGCUCCUUCACAGGAUAACUCUGCUGCAGAGUGUCCAGCACCUCCAGGAUCCAGCUGUUUCCAAAAGGUCACCCGGAACCCUGUCCCCAUACAGAAGGUCACCCGGAGCCCUGUCCCCAUACAGAAAGCCUUUGCGGUCAAAGGGCUAAAGAUGGAAGCUCAGCCAAAAGCCACACACCCCAGACCCAGCAAGGCUCACCCAGCUAAACCUGCAAAUUGCCAGCAGCAGCGGCACCCUAGGAUCCGCAACUACAACCUCAAGGACUAAAUCUGAGCCUCCUGCAGGGACGCACAGGGGCCUCCACCUUGGCACGUGGGGCCUGUGCUUGUACAAAUUGAGAGUCAGUAUACUUGUGGUAUACAGGUGGGCUGUGAGCAUGGGACAGCCCUCCAAAUGAUGGCCUUUCUGAUGCUAAAGAGCAAUUAAAGCCUCCUCCAUCUG